AUGUCCUUAGCGAACUGCUAUAAGCAAGCUGAGCUCACUUGGGGAAAAAGAGCCGAAGCUCAUGACAAAUCGCUUAAGUGUCAUAGUUCCUAUUCUGGACAAUUCCACCAGCGAUUCGCUAUGAGCCGAAGCCAAGACGGGGGAUGUGGGGGGAAAGAAGGCCGGCAGGCCAUCGCGCUUCGCUUCAGUGUCAUAGUUCUCAAUUCCGGACCAUUCCACCGACGAAACGAGAUGUCCUACCAGGAGAGGAAAGGACAGGGAAAAAGUUUGAACUGGUCCACGCCGAUUCGCCUUAGUGUCAUAGUACCUAACUCUGGACAAUGCCACAAUCGAACCGGAGUGGACCAGUUCCUGAGGGUGGAAGGUAAAAAGGCAGCGAGGCCCAGGCCGAUUCGCUUUGUUGUCAUAGUGCCUUCAAUGGACAAUGGCAACGAGCAAUCGGUAUGGGCAACGCAGAUGGAAGGGGAAGAAACUCACAAUAUUUUAGAAUAA